AGCAGCUCUAUAUGUGCACCUCUCCUGUACAAACCACAAUAUAAAUGUAUUUGACCCAAUGACCAAACAAACGUAUGAAGCCAUGAAAACUCAUCUGGAACAUGAUCUGAGAAGACAGCAUGUUUGUUUUAUGGAAGCUAAAGCUUUUCAGCAACUUUAUUUUAGCCUUUCCAUGGAACAUAAGAUAUCUGAGUUGCAUCAGAGAGCUGUGAAUGAGGCUCUACAGAGUAAAAAUGGACAUCUGGACCUUUUCCUGCGGUUUCUUCUGGGUCUGUCAGUGAAGUCUCAUCAGAUUCUCCUACAAGGACUAAUGAAACAGACAAGAAGCAGCUCUGACAGCAAUGAGAGAACAGUUGAGUUCAUCAAGAAGAAGAUCAGGACCACUUGCUCUCCAGAGAAAUCCAUCAACCUGUUCCACUGUCUGAAUGAACUGGGUGAUCAUUCACUAGUGGAGGAAAUACAACAGUAUCUGAGAUCUGGAAGAAUAACUGAAGCCAAACUUUCUUCAUCUCAGUGGUCAGCUGUAGCUUUUGUGUUGUUGACAUCAGAGAAGAAGCUGGAAGAGUUUAAGCUGAAUGAAUUUGUUGGAGCAGAAAAUAAAGCUGAUCACGUUCUUCAGAAGUUGUUGCCUGUGAUUAAGGAAUACAGAACAGCUGAGUUAAGUGAUUGUGGCAUCACAGAUGAAGGUUGUGCUGCUCUGGCUUCAGCUCUGAUAUCAAACCCCUCACACCUGAGAGAACUGGCUCUGUCUCAGAAUAAACUAGGAGAUUCUGGUGUGAUGCGUCUCUCUUCUGGACUCGAGAAUCCUCUCUGUAAACUGGAGAUACUCAGGUGAGAAUCACACAUGGUCUGGUACUCAGAUAAAUAGUCUCUUUAUUUUUAAGAUUUAAGAAGGUAAUGUAGAAGAGAAA